UAGUUAUGUAAAUGUGAUAAAUGUUUUGUGUCUCGAUAAAGUCAAAGAAGAUAUGCAUGGACUGUUUUUGUUUCAGAUUUGGAUCAGUUUUAUACUGACAAAAUUCGUCUACAUGGAAAGAAACUUGACAGCAAUUCUGUGUGAACAGCAAACAGUGUCAUUAAAAUGUGACGAAGGAACUAGGAUUCAUAUCAGUGAGGUACAUUUUGGACAAAAAGAAGAAGUCUUAUCUCUCGCCAAUACAACGCCGACCAAAGAUGAAAAUACAACGAGGGAAAUUGUUGAGUUAUUAUGCAAUACGCACAAUACUUGCCGCAUUGAUAACAGUCUAAAUAAUUUUACUGGUUUUCUGUCACUGGUUCCAAGAAAAAUUAGUUUCACGUACAGAUGUGAAUUUGAAUAUCAUGGUUGUUUCACAGAUGAGAUGGAAUAUGGUCUGUAUAGUCGUGGAUUUUUCUUAGCCGACAACAUGUCUGCAAAAAUUUGCUAUUAUAUAUGCAACACAGGACACGUCUCUCGUCAAUUUUUUGCUACAGAGAAUGGCGAUCAAUGUUUUUGUGGUGGUACCAUAGGCCUGAGUAAGCUAGAGAAAAGGAAACAGAAAGAAAACAAAUGUGAAACUCCAUGCGUGUCAAACGAAAAUGAAAUGUGUGGAUCCAUAAACAAAGCGUCAGUUUACGUGUUUGAAACAGAUAAACAACAAAUUGAUUCAGCCUAUACAACGCAGAUGAAUUUGCAUAGUUGUCACUACGGUUCAGAAAUGAAAGACAUCUACAUUAAAUCACUCGAAAGAUCCGAACAUUGUGAUGAUCUGGCUAAUACCACUCUGUCAGAUACUCAAAAUUGCUACAGAAAAUUUUACUGUUUUAAUUCGUCAAUAGAUAUCCGUAAUAUUACAGAGGAUUUCCGUUUCUUAUUCUUAAGAAAGUAUAUGAAGAUUACCUAUUCUUGCUUAGGAGAUUCCAAUGCCCCUGUUGGUUCAUUACAGUCAAUAAACGGAAGUAUAGGUUCACAUAACAACAAUAUAAUGAAUAGUGUUCCUGUAGGAUCAUUACACUCAAUAAACGCAAGUAUUGUUGGUGGCGUGGUCGGAGCUGUUAUCCUUACUGUUUGCAUCGUUUUUCUUACCUUGUGUCUGGUUAAAAGGUCCACUAGUAAAAACAGAAAGAAGAAAAGGAGACAGUAUACAACUUCUAAAAAUGGUUCGGAGAUCCAAGAUAAUGCUUUAUUGGUCAUGUUAUCUUCUAAUAAUCCAUCAUCACCCGGAUACGAGAGUCUUCAGUUAAAUCAUACGGAGUUCUUCGAAUAUGCACAAACCAUGGUUACAGCUGAACAAGAUUUAACCGAUGACGAGAUAAUAAAUGAUCAUUGUUCAAAGCAGUUAGCGAAUGAUAAUAAUGAAGUUAACCAUUAUGAGUUCGUUGAAGCAGCAAAUUAUUCUAAAUAUGAUAAGGGCUGUCCUUGUAAUCAAAGUAGUUUUCAGUUUCUUAAUUCAUCUGAAUCUGUAUCAAACAAUAGUCAAUUUAACAGCAACAAUAAAAUCGAGGAAUUAUUGCCUGUUAAAAAUAUUAUCUGUGAUACCACGAUAGAUAAUCCAUAUGACACAAUUGAUCCAGAAGAAACUGGAUUCAACAGAAGUAAGUCUAACAACAGUAACAGUAAAUUAGAGAAAAUUGUCCACGGUGAAUACCCAACUCAAAGGAAAAGUACAGGUAAUGCAUACGCCGUGCUUGAUCCUAAGGAAACUGGAUUUUACAGAAGUAGUUCUUGCAACAGUAACAGUAAAUUAGAGAAUAUUGUCCAUUGUGAAGAUCCAACUCAAAGGGAGAGUACAGGUAAUGCAUAUGCCAUACUUGAUCCAAUAGAAACUGGAUUUUACAGAAAUCAUUCUUUAGACAAUGAACUGGUGAAAGUAUUUCCCGGUGAUGACCUCAACCAGAAGGAUAACAGUACAGUCAAUCCAUAUGCCAUACUUAAUCCAGAAGAAACUGGGUACAGUAGAAGCAAAGUAGAGAACUGCAAACGCGCUUGCAGUGAAACUACUAGAAUAGAUCCUCCAGGAUUAGCUUUUGAUAACAGAAUGGAGGAUUAUACACAGAAUGCAUACUCAGUUCUUGAUUCAGGAGAAACAGGAUUUAUCAGAGGUCAGGUUACAGUUCAAAUGAAUGAAACAUGUCAUACAAAUAAUGAAUAUGAUUUAAACAGUUGGACUUACCUUGCAAAAUGAGCAUUUUAUAAUAGCUACUUAUGUUAAUUUGAACGGAUGCAGACAAAACCGUAUAGAAUAACUGUUUCAAAAAUAAUACUUACAACUACGAAGAUGCAUAUGAUCAUGUCAGUGUAAAAAAUAUAUGAAAUUUUAGGUUGACCAUUUACUUUGAAGAGUAGCAAUAUUUUAAUACUAAAUAUGCUAUUGAAAAAGUAACAAUUAUUUUUAUUCUCCAACUCAUGGAGUGGAUGGUAUAUAGCACCAAUUCGUCUUUUCUUUACAGUUCGUCUGUCCGUUAACAUUAUUAUCUUUAAUUAUUUAUGUUUUCUAUGUUUAGGACUUUCACUCUUUAUAGACGAAAUUUUAAUUUUUUAUUACACCCACUGAACAUAAAUUUUUAAUUCAUAAUUUCCAGCUUCUGUUUAUAGAUUGAUUUGAUUAGGAACUUAACAAUAUUGAAUUGUACCAUGUGAUCGAAACUAUUUGGCGAAACUUUGAAUUCUUAUUGUACCCACCGAACUUGGGAUGUUUUGUUAUCUGUAUUAA